AUGACAACCGUGGCAGUCGCAAUUUAUAACCCUUCUGACGAGCGGGACCCCUGUCAUUGGGCGCUAUGGCUGAAAAGCGAGAAUGGAGACUCGACAAUCCUCCAAGUUGGGGACGACAAAGGCGGCGUUGGGUAUUAUGUCGAGCAGCCAAUUCGUAAGGAGCCAGGUCGAUCACUUAAGCUCAAGGAAACCAUUAUUUGCGGCACCAUCCCAACUGAAAAAGAACGCGAGGCAGAAGGCAAAAUCCAAAGCCAUCCAGUCGACAACCAAAGCACAACCUGGAACUGCCAAUCUUGGGUCAUGGAAAACCUGGACAACCUAGAGGAGGGGGGUUUUAUGCAGGUGUCUCCUACUGCAAAGGCAAAUCUGCAGUCGAAGAGGCAGAACUGGCAGUGA